AUUUAUUUACGUUUGAUACCCCGCCGAGCUUCAGUGUUGCUAUAGGAACGAGCUGAAGAAGGAAAGCAACACUGAAGGUUAACCUGUUGAAUCUUAAAAGAAAUUUUGAUUCUUUCAAGAAUUCAUCAUCAGGAUUUGAAUCGCUCAUUUACAAAGCGUUAUGACAUUAAAAAUAAUCCUUUUUCUCGGUUCCGUUCGUCAAGGGCGGAACUGCACUCGAGUAGGUAAUUUCAUCAAGAAAGAAUUAGAAAAAAAGAGCCACAAUGUAACAGUUUUUGAUCCAUUGGUAAUGGAUUUUCCUUUAUUGAAGAAGCCCUUGCAUUUCCAUGCUCCUGGUGAAACACCUCCUGAAUGGCUUGUGAAAUACAAUUCACUGAUUGAAGAAGCAGAUGGCUUUGUUGCAGUUAGUGGGGAAUACAAUCGCUGUAUACCUCCUGCACUUGCAAAUAUGUUGGAUCAUUUUCCUCCAAAGUCUUAUAGAUGCAAACCAUGCAGUAUUGUCUGUUACUCUGCAGGUCCAGGGGGUGGAUCUACUGCUGGAAUGCAACUCAGGUAUUUCUUAGGAGAACUUGGAAUGGUUACUCCUGGUUUUAUGUUCACAAAUCCAGUGGUGCAUCAAGCCUAUGCUGAAGACGGAACUCCGGAUCCAUCAAACGACAGUGCUGUUUCAAAGGCGAAUAGGUUGAUUUCAGAAUUAGAGUGGUAUGCAGAAGCUCUAAAGGCUCAAACUCAAAAAUGUGGCCUUCCAUAAUGUUGAUUUAAAAUCAUUACUGAAUCAAAACUUUCUGCUUUUUAACCACUAAAAUUUGUCUUUGAAUUUUAGCAUUUCUCUGCUAUAACUUUUUGUGAUAAAUUCCAAAGUAAUAUUCGAAAUAUCUAUAUUUAUUCUGAGCUUUAUAGAUAUAAUUGGAAAGAGCUUGUGAUGUUUUAAAUGUUGUCUGUCUGUCAACUGUGAUGUCAAUGAAUGACCUUUGGGGAGAUAGUAGAAAAUUUUUUACUUAAAAUUAAAUAAAAAACAUCAAAUCUGUAGAGUAAUUAUUUUUCAAUUUCUAAUUCUGAUUAUGAAUAUCUGUGAAGAUAGUUGUUAAAGAUGCGUGAUAUAAAUGACAAAAUAAUUUGAGAUAUAUGCUAAUUGAUCUUGUGUAUUUAUUUUUACAAAUCUCUAUAUAAAAUACAAAAUGUCACAAUUUAAAAAGUAUCAUAAAAACAAAAUUUUAAUAUAUUUGGAUAUGUUUUGGAUUUUUAAAAAAAAUAUGUAUGAAGAGUUUAUCAGAGAUGUAUGAAAAGUUAUCAAAGAAUAUGUUCAUUGAUAGGUGAUGCUGAGUUACAAUUGUCUACCAUAUUGAGAAUUGCAUCAAGAAGGAAUUGGGCAUAAAAUUUUCAGUCUCAUUUUAACUAUGAAUUCUUUUUCUUAUUGCUUAUUCUUUGAAUACGUAUGUUUUUGGUAUACAAGACCAAUAUUUAUCUAAAAGGCAGUUUUCUUAAAAACUGGUAUGUGAGAAAAUUUAGAGUGCAAUUCUAACUAAAUAUGCAAAUUAAUUUUAAAAAAAUAUUUUUCAAAGAAUAUUUAGUAUCAUUUCAAAAAGCAGGAUUAAAAAAAACAUAGAAAUGAUGUUUAAAAGUUUUUAAACUUUUAAACAUCAUUUCUUAAAGUUUUUGUUAUGAUGUUUAAAAUGAUGUCUUAAAGUUUUUAAAAAAACCAUGAAAAAAAUCUUAUUUUUGCUUAGCUUUUUUAAAAAGUAGAGUUUUUAGAAUUAGAAUAAAUGUGAAUCAAAGUAAUAUUGAUGUUGAGAUGUGCUUUUGUUAGACAAUCAUCAUGUAUAAUGGCCAUGGAAGUUUGUAUAGGAGGGAUACUUUCUCAUGUCAUUCAAAUCUUCUGACCAUGAUUCAUAUUUGUGAGAACUGUUCCAAAAUAUCUUUCAUGUUGUGAAAUACAGGAUGUAAAUUUAAUUUAACAAAACUAUAAUAUAAUAACAAAAUUAUUGAUACUCAAGUCUUUCUUUGAUUAUUAUGAAGAAUGAUUCAAACAUUUUAAGUGUUUGAAAAAGAGAUCUCAAAGUUUAAAGAGAAAUUUAAUUAACUUUUAUAAUUGUAUAUUAAUGUUUUACUAUUAGAUAAAUUUUUAUAUUUAGUUCAUAAAAUUCUCUAUUAAUAAUAUUUAGAGCUUGCAAUGAAUUUGUUUAGAUUUGAAUUACUCGAAAAACUUAAAUUCACUUUUUCUAAAAAAAGUAUAGAAAUUUGUUUUAUUGAUUAUUUGAGAGAAAUUUCAUCACAUAUGACUGAUACAUCAGAACAUUUUAAUGCUUUAAUUUUAAAAAUUGUUUUUCAAUUAUAGAAUUUUUUGGGUUUUUUUAGCAAUUAGUUUCUGUUUAAAUACUUUUUUUUCUUGUUUAUUUUAAUAUUAAAAAUAUUUCAUCUACUUUUUGAGAUCUUUCUUAUUAAAAGCAAUCAUGUAUAGAAAUAUUUUAUUAUUGAUUAUGUUUGUCUUUCAUUUUGCAUUAAUUUGUUUUCAUUAAAUUUUCUUUUUUCUUUUACCCGAAUGUAUACUUUGUGAAGAAUAUGAUAUGGCAUGUUUACUUAAUUCUUAUUUUCUUGCUUUUACUUUUCAAUUGUUAUAAUUCUUUUUUAGAACAGGGUGCAUUUCCCCAUUUGGUUUGUUAGUUUGUACUAAGCAUUGUAUAAUGAGAUGAUAAAUUAUUUUUAUGAAAUAUUGUUGGUGAAUGAAAUAUUAUUAUUGGUUUGUUUUAUUUUAAUUUCCAUAUAAGCAUUUUUUAACUGUUUAUAGUAAAUAGAAAUGAACUGAUUAAUGCAGCAAAUAUGCUAAAUUACUGAAAAAUUAUUUUGUAAAUAUCAACUUGUUUCUCAAAUUAAGUAGUCGUAUAAUUUCUGAAAGAUUAUGAAUAUUGUUGUAUCAGGAUAUACAUGUAAAGUAAUAAAUUAUACUAUACAUGAUUAAGAAUUAAGAUCCUACAUUUGGUGAAGUAUUUUUUUUUAUAUAUUUUUUACAUCAAAAAAUCAUUGGUGAUAAAAAAAUUUUAAAAAAUAUAUUGCUUUAUGCAAUACAAAUAUUGAAUGCUGAUAUUAUAGUUUUAGUAGUUUGUAUCUUACAUACAUUUUCAUAUAUUUGAUUUUUUUAUUGUUAUGUUUAGUAUUCAGUUCAAAAUAAUAUUUUUCCUGUUUUGUUGAAUGUUUUUUGAAAUGGGUGUUGCCAUUUCUGUGACUAAAUGUUAAUUGUAUGGCUUAUAAAAUAUUUUAGAGCUCUGUUUUAAAAUGGAAAAGAGAAGAUUUUUUUUUAAAUCGUUGGAUUUUGAAGGAUAGUUUUUUUUUUUUUAUCACUUCUUGUUUUUAUUAUAGAAUUUCAAAAUUAUAUAUUCUGUAUUUGAUAGUGAUUCUGAAUUUGAUUAU